AUGCAGCGACAAUAUUACAUCUUCGUGUGUCCCCCGGCGACGUGCCUGGCAUUAUUGGCAUUAGCAAGACGGUCACGUAGCUUUAGUAUUCCGAGCACGGAGUUCUCAUCCUGCGGUCUGGAUUUACCGAAUAUCGGAAGAAUUUAUGUUUUCUUCAACUUUUCUCCGGGAUGUUUGUGUGACGUGUCCAUCACGUGUGUUAUUGGUAAGUGUUUGCAGAGGGACGUAGUAAUGGGAGGUUUCCGUCUAGUGCCGGCGCACAAUGCCACCGGUGAUGCUCAUUCGAGAGUGCAGAUUGCAUCCAUUACCUUCGGAUGA